UAGAAACGUGUUCACGAUGUUGGUCCGGUCAACGUUCUGUGUAUCCUGCUCGGAAAUCAUUGACAAGUACAGGGACGAAAUUGUCGUAGAAUAAGUACUCGCGAGUGUGGUUAGUAGGAGUAAAUAAAGUGGCGAUAUUCAAUGGUAGUAGUAAGCGUGACGAAGGUAGUGUCAGUGGCAACUACAGUGGCGAUGGCGGUAGUGGUGGCGGUUGAGAUAAGUGCGGGGGACUGAAUGCAUAUCAGCGGAUUUUGUGUCUCACGAAACAGUUUCUCGUGGUUCACGUUACGGAGAAUGUGCGGUAUAGUCUAAAAGGUCGAGAACCUGAUAAUUAGUACAAUGUUAAAGGAUUAUUCGCCGAUUACACAGGCGCUCCUAGGAACGUUAUUUACGUGGGCUCUCACCGCAGCGGGUGCCGCACUUGUCAUCGUAAUUCGAGGAACGCAACGUAAACUGUUGGACAUCAGCCUAGGAUUCGCGGCCGGCGUAAUGGUAGCGGCAAGUUACUGGUCGCUACUGGCACCUGCUAUCGAAAUGGCGACAAAGAGCAAAAUUUACGGAGAGGAGGGCGAAUACGCGUUCGUACCGGUCGGAGUUGGAUUUCUCAUAGGCGCGGCAUUCGUUUACGGAACGGACGCGUUGAUAUCUUCUCUUGGCAUUCAGUCCCCCAAUGUGCUUUUAGCUAUGCAGUCAGUCGGUACGAAACAAAGACGCAAGAUCAUUGCAAAACUAAAGAGUGACGAGGAUUUAGACGAUUAUGAUCCGUAUAACACCGUACAAAUAACCGGUGGAAAAAUGUAUACUCAAAUUGAGUCAACCACCAUCGAUGGCUUUUACGAGCAAAAUACUCGAAGACGUCAAAUUGCAAAUAUAAGUAGACCAGCAGCGGAACAAGGAGAAAUUGGAACGAUAUACGAGAAUCCUAACAAUGAAAGUAAAAGCAAUCAGUGGAGAAGAGUUUUGUUACUGGUUGUUGCUAUCACGGUACACAAUAUUCCAGAGGGCCUUGCAGUUGGAGUUGGAUUCGGUGCAGUGGGUAGCAGUGCAUCAGCCACUUUUGAGAAUGCAAGAAAUCUCGCAAUCGGAAUCGGUAUUCAGAAUUUUCCCGAAGGACUGGCAGUGUCUUUGCCCCUUCAAGCCGCCGGUCUCAGUACCUUGAAAAGCUUCUGGUACGGCCAGCUCUCGGGGAUGGUAGAACCUGUCGCCGGCGUCCUUGGCGCAGCCGGAAUAACACUCGCCGAACCCGCGCUACCCUAUGCGCUCGCCUUCGCAGCCGGUGCAAUGAUCUACGUCGUGAUCGACGACAUCAUCCCGGAAGCGCAUCAAAGUGGAAAUGGUAAACUCGCCAGCUGGGCAGCCAUCGUUGGUUUCUUGGUAAUGAUGUCCCUAGACGUUGGACUAGGGUAAACGAUCGUUCGUCCAACUUAGAAGGCAUUUAUUCGGACACUAAUAUCAAUUCCUCAGUGUUUUCUUUUUAUAUCCUAUUCCUUUUAACAGUAUUAACACGGUCGAGGUUGCCUCGAUAAUCUCGACGUUCGACUAAAUUGAUGGAGUUUUCGCAGUGCGAGAUCCCGAGUUUGGUCUAAAGCGCGUUGUUCUCCGUGAAAAUGAAAUCGAAACGUGUCUUCCAUGAAUCUAGCCUUCGUUGAUCCGAUUCAGAAGUCAAUUAAAUCAAUCAGACGACGACGACGACGACGACGACGACGGCGACGACGACGACGACGACCUUCGGUUACGCGCGUUGCAACUUGCUACGCCGUAUUUGCCGCGUCGUCGAUCUCCCCCCUCGAUAAUCACAUCGAAAAUCGGCUCUUUGUCGGGGGAUCUUGUCGAGUAUCGGCCGAUCGUGUUAAUAACGCUAUAAAAUACUUUCGAUUCUCGCGAUAAUCCUUUCGUCCAAGUUUUCUCACCGCCGUCAAGCGGUGGGCUGCUAAUCGAUAAAAGAUCAAAUAACUUUUUCCGUUUCGAACCAGGAACGCAGCCAUCUCGUAAAAGUUGAUUACGAUUUCCUUCGAGACCAAGACCACCGUGAAGAAUCGUUGCAGUUCCUAGCCUCGUUGCGCAACUAUCCCCGUGACAUUCUUUCGAAUGGAUUCUCCCGCGAAUAAUACGCACGCACGCACGCACGCAUGCACGCACGGAGUUGUCCCAAACAUGUGUAUUCCGUCGGUCGAGAGAUCGAUUCGAAAGUGCGAUCGAGGCAACAAGCGCUUCUCUCGGUGCGUCGAAAUUAUCUUUAUUCUUAAACGCCAUCUUGCCGCUAAUCGUGUUCGUUUCUCUCCCCUUCUUUUCCACAAGUAGGUACACUUGUCCAUUGUAUCCACCAUUAAACGCUAAUUAACUUUAUCGUAUAUCGCGUCGCAGCAACAACGAAACGUGCGUCGUUGUUCCGUUUGCAUUCUCGACAUACUACACGGAGCUUUUUGGAAGAUGCAGAAACUAUUUCUUCGUACGUUGUAAAUUGGUAUAAAACGGUUGUACAUGGCCAAGUUUGAAAUCGAUCGACGUCGAGGAUCGCGCGGCUCCUUGGAAAAGGAACGCACGCUGAAAUAAGAGCAACGCGUGUGCACGUUUCGCGUGCAUGUAGAAUAGCGGUUUUGAACGUUCCUACGCCCAGCGAACGAUUCCCGGUAGAAGCUCCGCCGACGAUCUCGACACUCGAGAAAUCGAUCGUCCGUUCGUUGACGAUAUUAUUAAACGAAUGCGUGUAAACUGCGGUAUGAACCGUGGUGGUGUUCUUCGUGGUGCUUUACAAAAUAUCUCUGAAUUGUAAUCGAGAAACGACAGCUGUAUCGACGACGUAUACCUUAGGAAAUGUAAAAAAAAAUAGGAAGGUUUUCGAAUUUUUCUCGUUACACGGUUUUCUAUUAUCUAGUAGUUACACUCGAGCGACUGUAUCGAAUCUUCCUCCACGUUAGGUACAUGUGAAUUGUUGUUUAUAGAAAAUGCAAUAAAAGAGAGUGCCAAUUACACGGCCGUUCCACGGAAUUUUCGUCGAAUUUUCCAAUAUUCCUCGUCCCAUUCCGAUCGUGAUAUCGACGACUAGGAAGCGGUGUGCGUACCUUCAGCGGCGAUCGCUUAAUCGCGCGCGAAAGGAGAGUGCAGGCAGAGGCAGCAG